UGGCAGCGCAAUUGGUGGAUUUUUUUUAAACCGCCGUGGAGGGGGCGGCGUGCGCUCGGCUGCCGGCUGCAGCUCCGCUCGGCUCCGCUCACUCUCCGGGCCGCGCUCCCUGCCGCCGCCGCCGCCGCGAUGAAGGUGCUGGGACACAAGCUCGAGCUGCUGACAGGGCUCCUGCUGCACGACGUGACCAUGGCCGGGCUUCAGGAGCUGCGAUUCCCGGAAGAGAAGCCACUGCUCCGGGGUCAGGACGUCGCAGAGCUGGAGAACCCUGACACCUUCCUGUCAGCCGUGGACACAGAUUGGAAGGAACACGACAUUGAGACGCCUUACGGGCUUCUACACGUGGUGAUCCGGGGUUCCCCCAAGGGCACCCGCCCAGCCAUCCUCACCUACCAUGACGUGGGCCUCAAUCACAAGCUGUGUUUCAACACCUUCUUCAACUUUGAGGACAUGCAGGAGAUCACCAAGCACUUUGUGGUAUGCCACGUGGAUGCCCCUGGACAGCAGGUGGGGGCGUCGCAGUUUCCUCAGGGGUACCAGUUCCCCUCCAUGGAGCAGCUGGCUGCCAUGCUCCCCAGUGUGGUGCAGCACUUUGGGUUCAAGUACAUCAUUGGCAUUGGAGUGGGAGCCGGGGCCUACGUGCUGGCCAAGUUUGCACUCAUCUUCCCCGACCUGGUGGAGGGGCUGGUGCUCAUGAACAUCGACCCCAACGGCAAGGGCUGGAUCGACUGGGCAGCCACCAAGCUCUCCGGCUUGACCAGUACUUUGCCAGACACGGUGCUCUCCCACCUCUUCAGCCAGGAGGAGCUGGUGAACAACACGGAGCUGGUGCAGAGCUACCGGCAGCAGAUCGGGAACGUGGUGAACCAGGCCAACCUGCAGCUCUUCUGGAACAUGUACAACAGCCGAAGAGACCUGGACAUUAACCGGCCUGGAACGGUGCCCAAUGCCAAGACGCUCCGUUGCCCCGUGAUGCUGGUGGUCGGGGACAAUGCACCUGCUGAGGAUGGAGUGGUCGAAUGCAACUCCAAACUGGACCCGACCACCACGACCUUCCUGAAGAUGGCAGAUUCCGGGGGGCUCCCUCAGGUCACACAGCCGGGGAAGCUGACAGAGGCCUUCAAAUACUUCCUGCAAGGCAUGGGCUACAUUGCAUACUUGAAGGACCGAAGGCUGAGUGGAGGAGCAGUGCCCUCGGCCAGCAUGACCCGUCUGGCACGCUCCCGCACCGCGUCCCUCACCAGUGCUGGCUCCGUGGAUGGCAGCCGCUCACAGCCCUGCGCCCACUCAGAGAGCAGCGAGGGGCUGGGCCAGGUCAACCACACCAUGGAGGUGUCCUGCUGAAGCCCUUGGUCCCUGGCCAAGAUGCUCUCCUGUCCUCUCGCCCACAUCAAGGUCCCACUGCCAUCCCUACGCCAGCUCAUUUUCCCUUUAUUUUUGUGAGGGUGAACAGGAGGAAAUGGGGUUACUUCUCUUUCGUUUAAAAAAAAAUGAGGGAUCCACCUUGGGUGCUGCAGCAGCACGGUCUUCAGAUGGUUUGAGGGGCUUGCCACACCCUAUCUCCCUCACUGUGUUGACCUGACUGCCGUGGUCCCUGUCUUCCUGGCCCGCUGCCCAGGCCCAGUUGGAGGUGAUGGGGGAGGGGUGGUUAAGGAAAGAGUUGGAGCCCUUCCUGGGCCAGGACCCAAGACCAUCCCGGAUUAAAGCCCUGGGUGGGAGUGGAGGAGAUGAAUGGGGUUCUGCGAUGAUUGGUGCUGGGCUCUGACCCUGAUGCAGAAGACUGGAGACAGCAAUGGGGAGCACCAGAAGACCCUGUCCCUUCAGACGGUCAAGCACAUGAGGCUCUGACCUGUAAGACAGGUGAUGGCCACCUGGACUGAGCCACAGGGGGCAGCUGUUACCCAGGUGCUCUCUGGGGCUGGCUGGUGCUGUAGAGCUGGGCAGGUAGGGGUUGAAGAUAGAACCAGGAGAACCCACACGUUCGGCCCCCUCUGGCUUGUCCCUUUCUGAGCCCAGGUCUCCCUGAGGCGUGAGUCCCCUGGCCCUUUCUCCCUAGUGACCUGGCUGGGGGCAGAGGGAAAGGCUAGGAUUGCUCUUGGGUGGUGUGUGUACCUCUGAGAACUUCCGGAGUAACUGCUGUGGAAGCCAGCAGAGGGGCCGAGGCAGCGUAGCUGAGAACACCUGUAGACCCCGUUGCCUCUGCUGUCACAGGGCAUCCACUCAGCACAGCACUGCUACAGGCAUCACUGAGACGGUCAGUUUACCAGGAGGGACCAGCCCUGGGCAACAGCAAGGCCCCUAGAGAGGGUACGGCUGGGGCUUGCUGAGUCCUGGGGUCCUUGCUGAGUCCUUGCUGAAGGUUCUCCAAGUGAAUAGGAUCAGGAAGUAGGGAGAGGCUCCCACACACCCCAGCCCUUUCCUGCCACCUAAGCCCAGGACUGCCAUCUACUUCGGUCCACCCAGCCUGGUCAGGUAGACUCUCCCAGCCCAGAAGCCAGAGCCAUUUGUUUUAUACCCUAAAUCAACAAAUCCCCAAACAGAGCAGGAAGAGAGCACUGAAAAAACUGAAAGGCUGUGGAGGUGGGAAGGGUCGUGUGGGGUGUUCUGAGGCUGAGGACACCUAGACCCCUAUUUCAUCGGCACACAUCACCCCCUUCCGUGAUCUUAAGCCAUUGCUAGACCGAGAGCCUAGUGGAGUGUAGUCUGCCCCGUUCUGCUCACUCACGUGCUUCCUUUCAAUAUUGAAUGUGACUGUCUCAAGCUGGUAGAAUUAAUCUCUCUUAAUGUAGACAGCACUGCGAGUACUGUUUUUUUUUUUUUUUUUAAUUUUUUUGCUGUGUUCUUUCAGAUGAGAUAUAUAAAUAUCUAUACAUUAUAUAUAUAUAUGUAUAUUGGGUCUUCCUGGGUGUGGUUUUCCAUCGGAGGUUGUCUCUUCUUUGGUCAAGGUGAAUUUAUUUUCUUCUCUGUACAAAGUUAAGAGCCUUCUUUUGUGUAUUCUGGUGGCUGAUGUCAUGAGAUUUUGAGAUGACAAAAUGUAAAACAAAAACCCUUGUCAAUGUAGAAAGUUAACUGCUGAAAAACUAAUAAAGAAACUAAGAAGAG